AUGUGUUUAUGGGGUGACAAUUUUGAAUUGAAUUUGAGGAGAGUGAGUUUUUCGAUUAAUUUAAAUAAUGUUUGGUCGGUAGCAAUUGAGAUCGUAUUUUUAUUCUGUAAUCGCAGUUACCCCACUGAGUCAACGGAGUUCUUGGAGUGCAAGGCGAAUAACCGGAUGUAUGCGUAGGUGUUGGCUACAACGAGAGAGUCGAAGGAGUCGGCGUUGUUAUCAAAAUUAGUCACGUUGAGAGAAUAGUAAAUGGAGAUAAUUUCGACGAUCGGUAGUCCUCGUGCAACAGUGAAGACAUCAAGAGGUGUGUCUGACCAUGUGGGUGCUAUAUCUCCGCGUUCUUUUGGGAGGAGAUUGGACGAGAAAUUGCCCAUGAAGGAAUUGGGGGAGAUUGCGAAUUACUUCAAUACGUUGAGAGCGGAAUAGGCAAAGACGUUAUCGAGAAAUUAUGUGAAUGAGAUGGUGCGUUUGUAGCAGUGUAUUGAGAAGAAGUUGAAAAGAUGA